AUGCAACAACAAGUGAAUCUUAAUCAGAAUGCACCUCCUCCCCCUCCACCACCUAAUCAACGAGCUUUGUUAGUUAGAAGGUUUAGUGAACAAAAGCCCGAUUCCUUUAAAGGUAGUCCUGAUCCACUGGUCGCUGAAGAUUGGAUAGAUAAGAUUGAGAAAAUAUUCACCCUAUUAGGCGUGAAUGACGAGGAUAAGCUGGAUCUUGCUGUUUUUAAGCUUGAGGGUGAGGCCACUCGCUGGUGGGACUUGACUCGUCGUUCUAGGAAUGACGGUCUGUUUACCUGGGUAGAAUUUCGACUCGCCUUCCUAAAUAAGUACUUUCCACAAACUGCACGAAACCAACGCAUGAUCGAGUUUAUGCAGUUGAAUCAGAGAAAUAUGACCGUAGCACAGUACCAAGCCAAGUUUGAAGAACUUUCUCGUUUUGCUAUUCAUCUGGUGGAGAAUGAAGAGCUGAAGGCUUUUAAGUUUCAGGAGGGACUUAGACCUUCAAUUAAGGGUAGGUUGUCUAUUUUGAAGAUUACCUCUUAUAAUGAGAUAGUGGAAAGAGCGAUGAUUGCUGAGAGAGACAUUGAGGAGGCAAAUCGAAUUAGAGAACGUCACAAUGGGGAUAAGAACAAGAAUAAAAAUAACAACCACCCAUACCAGAAGAAAGGAAAUGGACCGAAUAUGGAGCUUCCUGCACCUUCGUGUUAUCAUUGCAAGCAACCUGGACAUUUUAAGAGGAACUGUCCUGCACUUAUUUCUCAGAGGAACCAACAACCCUUUAUACCUCAGAACCGUCCACCACAAUCCACCACAAUACCAAGCUCGACAGCCCCCUCAGCAACCUAA